AUGGCUGCAGCCACAUCGCCGACUCUCACGUCGACGUCACACACGCUCACCGGCCAGCCUAUUAUGGCACCCGCAUCAGGAGCCAACUCCAAUCCGGCUGCGGACAUGGCCGCCUUCUUGACUAGUUUGCAACCCGCGAACCGACACGUUUUCCUUGAGCCGAAUGUCUCUCUUCCAAACGACUCGCUUAGCAUUGUCAAACAUACACUGGAAGCAUUUGCUGCUCAAGUCGGCGAUGCGCAGCAGGAGCGAUUAAGGGAGAACAGGAAGAGGAAGAGGGGUGGAGACAAGGUCGUUGACGAUGUCUUGAAGCUGAGAAAGGUGUAUGUGGACAAGUUCGAAACGGAACAGGUGUGGCAACAAGCGAAAAAGAUUAUCAAUGGGGUGUUGAAGUUCUCGGAAGGCAUAGUGGAUGAGCUGGAGGAGAAUGAGGCGGUCGUGGCGAUGGGCACUGGUUCUGAAGAUGAGGAGGCUGGCAUAAAGAGUUUGAAGUUUGGGGAGGAUGGGUUUGAGGUUAGCUCCGAGGAUAGCUCCGAGGAGGAGGGCAAAGAUGAAGCGAACGACGUGGAUGAAGAGGAGGAGGAGGACGACGAAGAGGACGAAGCUGAGACUGCAGACGCAGCUGUUGAAGAUGAACUGGAGGGGGAUGAGGAUGGUGAAGAGGAAGAGCGAGAGGACAAAUCAAACGAGGAAGAACAGGCUGGAGAAUAUGUCCAAGACCCCAAUGGUCUCAAUGACGGCUUCUUUUCCAUCGACGACUUCAACAAGCAGACCCAGUGGUUUGAAGACCAGGAUGCCAGGGGAGACCCAAACACGGACCACGCCAGCGAUGACGAGGAUAUAGACUGGGCUGCUGACCCCUUUGCGCCGCCGAAGCCCGCCGCACGGUCGUCAAAGAGGCACAAGAACGGUCCCCUCGACGAUGAGGAAUCGGAGGACGACGAUGGCCCCACGUUCGGAGACAUGGCACUUGAUGCGCCGGAAGGCGCCAGCGACGAUGGAGAAGACAUGGCAGACGGUGGCGAUGAGGAUGAGGCCAAUGAUUUGAAUGCCAAUGAAAUAUACUACAAGGAUUUUUUCGCACCCCCCUCAAGAAAAGACAAGGCUGGCAAACCUCCGAAAAAAAAGGCAGUCCACGUCGAAUCCCGGCAACCCGACGAAGAAGACAUGGAAAGGGCCAUGGCUGACGUCAAGCGUGACCUUUUUGAUGACGAGUCGGAAAACGGAGACUCGGACGACAACCUCUCCGACGUCUCAGCCGGCGACCCCAAAUCAAGGCGCUCAGCCCACCAACGUCGCCAGGCCAAGCUCGCCGAGGAAAUCCGCAAACUCGAGGCCGCGUCCGUAGCCAAGCGCGAAUGGACGCUGUCAGGCGAAGCCGCCGCCGCCGACCGUCCGACGAACUCACUUCUCGAAGAGGACGUAGACUUUGAGCACGUCGGCAAGCCCGUCCCCGUCAUCACUCCCGAAAUCAGCGAAUCCAUCGAAGACCUCAUAAAGCGGCGCAUAUUGUCCCAGGAAUUUGACGAGGUUGUCCGCCGCCGCCCCGAUGCAGGCAGCGUCCCCGCCCACACGCGCCGCGGCCUCGUUGAGCUCGACGAUAGCAAGCCCAGCAAGAGCCUCGCCGAGGUCUACGAGGAGGAGCACAUCAAGAACGCCAACCCAGACACGUACGUCAGCAAGUCAGAUGAGAAGCUCCAGAAGGAGGAGAAGGAAGUCGAAGCCAUGUGGAAAGACGUGUCCGCACGGCUCGACGCCCUCUCCAGCUGGCACUACAAGCCGAAACCGGCGGCCGCCCAGCUCAGCGUCGUCUCGGACGUGGCCACGGUCGCCAUGGAAGACGCCCAGCCAACGACGGCACAGGGCGUCGCCGGCGCAUCGUCGCGCAUGGCCCCGCAGGAAAUCUACAGGGCCGGCACGGACAAGGACUCGGUCGCAAAGGGCGAGGUUGUCACCAAGUCCGGCCUGCCCGUCGCCCGGCAAGAGAUGUCCCGCGAGGACAGGGCCCGGCGCCGCAGACGCCAAAAGGAACGCGUCCGCAAUGCCGGUGGCACUCAUACCCAGAGCGACAAGAAGCUGGGCACGAGGGCCAAGAUGCAGCGCGACACCAUGGCCGAGCUGAAGAAGGGCGGCGUCAAGGUCAUCAAUCGCAGAGGGGAGGUCACCGACGUGGACGGGAACAAGGCCAAGGCCAAAAAGGCAGUGACCAGCGGGAGCUUCAAGUUGUGA